UCUUUAUGCGAUUCCGCCCCCGGAUUUUCUCCCCUUCGCUUUUCGGCCCCUCUAAACCCAGAACCCCAACCCUAGCCGCCUCCCCACCCGCCGCCGCCGCCGCUCGCCGCCGGAUCGUCUCGAUGGCCUCCUCGACGACGACGUCGGAGGACGCGCUGCGCCGGGCGCUGGCGGAGAGGCAGGCGGCCGUGGACGCGCAGGCGGAGGCGGUGCGGGCGCUCAAGGCGGCGGGGGCAGCUGCGGCCAAGGCCGAGGUGGAUGCCGCGGUCGAGGCGCUCAAGGCGCUCAAGGUGGAGGCCGGCGCCGCCGCGCGGAGGCUGCAGGCGGCCGUCGGGGCUUCCGGCGGCGGAGGCGGGGCCGCGCGGGAGGAGAUGCGGCAGGCGGUGGUGAACACGCUGGAGAGGAAGCUGUUCUACAUCCCUUCCUUCAAGAUCUACCGCGGCGUCGCCGGGCUGUACGACUACGGCCCGCCGGGAUGCGCCGUCAAGGCCAACGUGCUCGCCUUCUGGAGGCAGCACUUCGUUUUGGAGGAGAACAUGUUGGAGGUUGACUGCCCCUGUGUGACGCCUGAGGUUGUGUUGAAGGCAUCGGGGCAUGUCGAGAAGUUUACUGACCUCAUGGUUAAGGAUGAGAAGACAGGCACAUGCUACCGUGCUGACCACCUGUUGAAAGAUCACUGCAAGGAGAAGCUUGAGAAGGAUCUCACCUUGUCCCCGGAGAAGGCAGCUGAAUUGAAGCAUGUUCUUGCUGUCCUGGAUGACCUUUCAGCAGAUGAACUUGGCGCAAAGAUUAAGGAAUAUGGGAUUGUUGCCCCUGAUACUAAGAACCCGCUCUCUGAUCCCUACCCGUUCAAUCUUAUGUUCCAGACAUCCAUCGGCCCUACCGGUCUUAAUGUUGGGUAUAUGAGACCAGAAACAGCACAGGGUAUUUUUGUCAACUUCAAGGACUUGUACUAUUACAACGGGCAAAAGCUCCCUUUCGCAGCAGCUCAAAUCGGGCAAGCAUUCCGUAAUGAGAUUUCUCCACGACAAGGUCUUCUACGUGUGCGUGAAUUCACAUUAGCCGAGAUUGAGCACUUUGUGGAUCCUGAGGAUAAAUCUCACCCAAAAUUUGUUGAUGUUGCUGAUUUGGAGUUUUUGAUGUUUCCAAGAGAGCUGCAACUUUCAGGGGAGUCAGCCAAGUUAGUGAAGCUUGGGGAAGCAGUUUCAAAGGGAACUGUUAAUAAUGAGACACUUGGUUACUUCAUUGGGAGGGUCUAUCUUUUCCUAACACGUUUGGGUAUUGAUAAAAACCGGCUACGCUUCAGGCAGCAUCUACCUAAUGAGAUGGCCCAUUAUGCUGCUGACUGUUGGGAUGCAGAGAUUGAGUGCUCUUACGGAUGGAUAGAAUGUGUGGGCAUUGCUGACAGAUCUGCGUAUGAUUUGCGAGCUCAUUCUGACAAAAGUGGUGUUCCACUUGUUGCUCAUGAAAAAUUCUCAAAGCCUAGAGAGGUUGAGAAACUUGUUAUAGUGCCCUCAAAGAAAGACCUGGGGCUUGCUUUUAAGGGGAACCAAAAGAUGGUGGUUGAAGCAUUGGAGGCUAUGAGUGAGAAAGAAGCAAUGGACAUGAAAGCUGCUCUUGAAUCUAAGGGAGAAACAAAUUUCCAAGUGUGUACUCUUGGAAAGGAUGUGGUAAUAACCAAGAAAAUGGUAUCGAUCAGUAUGGAAAAGAAGUUGGAACACCAACGAGUCUUCACCCCAUCAGUCAUUGAGCCUUCAUUUGGCAUUGGGAGGAUAAUCUACUGUCUAUUUGAGCAUUCCUUCUACACAAGACCUAGCAAAUCAGAAGAGGAACAACUGAAUGUCUUCCGGUUCCCUCCUAUUGUUGCUCCUAUCAAAUGCACUGUGUUCCCCCUGGUGAAGAAUCAGGAGUUUGACGACGCUGCGAAAGUUAUUGAUAAAGCAUUAACAACAGCAGGCAUCUCGCAUAUUAUUGACACUACUGCCAUUUCUAUUGGGAGGAGGUAUGCAAGGACAGAUGAGAUCGGUGUUCCAUUCGCGGUAACAGUUGACUCUGCGACAAGCGUGACAAUCCGGGAGAGGGACAGCAAGGAGCAGAUCCGAGUUGGCAUCGAUGAGGUGGCAUCAGUGGUGAAACAGCUGACAGAUGGGCAAAGCACCUGGGCCGAUGUUUCAUUUAAGUAUCCCAGCCAUAUUGGUCCCCAGGGUGAUCAGGAGUGAAAAUCCUGAACCCUGUUCCAAAGAAGCACCCCAAAUGGCCGUUGAUUGACUUGAGGAGAAAUAGUUCUUCCUCGUUUCAUGCAAUCUGGCAAGAACAAAGUUUGUCAUACACAAAUAUACAACUCUUGGACGCCCUUACAUCUCUCCAUUGUUCUUUUUGCUCUCUUUCAAAAGUUUCACCUGAUUUACAUGUUCACAAUACAGAACAUAGCAUUUGAUUUUCUGCUGAAUUCGUCCUGUUAACUUGUAAGGUCGCACCAAGAAUUGUUCACCUACCUUCAAAGUUCCAACAAACGAGCUGAAGCUUUGAGUUAUUACUUUUCUUAGACUCUUAGUUUUUGUACUCAGAUUGUCUUGUCUCUAGUAUUGCUUAAGGAUUAAGGUGAAUCUUUUGACUGCCUAA